AUGGGGAAUUGGGGCAUGGGGAAUUGGGGCAUGGGGAAUUGGGGCAUGGGGAAUUGGGGCAUGGGGAAUUGGGGCAUGGGGAAUUGGGGGCAUGGGGAAUUGGGGCAUGGGGAAUUGGGGCAUGGGGAAUUGGGCAUGGGGAAUUGGGGCAUGGGGAAUUGGGGCAUGGGGAUGGGGCAUGGGGAAUUGGGGCAUGGGGAAUUGGGGCCAUGGGGAAUUGGGGCAUGGGGAAUUGGGGCAUGGGAAUUGGGGCAGUGGGAAUUGGGGAAUGGGGAAUUGGGGCAUGGGGAAUUGGGGCAUGGGGAAUUGGGGCAUGGGGAAUUGGGGCAUGGGGAAUUGGGGCAUGGGGAAUUGGGGCAUGGGGAAUUGGGGCAUGGGGAAUUGGGGCAUGGGGAAUUGGGGCAUGGGGAAUUGGGGCAUGGGGAAUUGGGGCAUGGGGAAUUGGGGCAUGGGGAAUUGGGGCAUGGGGAAUUGGGGCAUGGGGAAUUGGGGCAUGGGGAAUUGGGGCAUGGGGAAUUGGGGCAUGGGGAAUUGGGGCAUGGGGAAUUGGGGCAUGGGGAAUUGGGGCAUGGGGAAUUGGGGCAUGGGGAAUUGGGGCAUGGGGAAUUGGGGCAUGGGGAAUUGGGGCAUGGGGAAUUGGGGCAUGGGGAAUUGGGGCAUGGGGAAUUGGGGCAUGGGGAAUUGGGGCAUGGGGAAUUGGGGCAUGGGGAAUUGGGGCAUGGGGAAUUGGGGCAUGGGGAAUUGGGGCAUGGGGAAUUGGGGCAUGGGGAAUUGGGGCAUGGGGAAUUGGGGCAUGGGGAAUUGGGGCAUGGGGAAUUGGGGCAUGGGGAAUUGGGGCAUGGGGAAUUGGGGCAUGGGGAAUUGGGGCAUGGGGAAUUGGGGCAUGGGGAAUUGGGGCAUGGGGAAUUGGGGCAUGGGGAAUUGGGGCAUGGGGAAUUGGGGCAUGGGGAAUUGGGGCAUGGGGAAUUGGGGCAUGGGGAAUUGGGGCAUGGGGAAUUGGGGCAUGGGGAAUUGGGGCAUGGGGAAUUGGGGCAUGGGGAAUUGGGGCAUGGGGAAUUGGGGCAUGGGGAAUUGGGGCAUGGGGAAUUGGGGCAUGGGGAAUUGGGGCAUGGGGAAUUGGGGCAUGGGGAAUUGGGGCAUGGGGAAUUGGGGCAUGGGGAAUUGGGGCAUGGGGAAUUGGGGCAUGGGGAAUUGGGGCAUGGGGAAUUGGGGCAUGGGGAAUUGGGGCAUGGGGAAUUGGGGCAUGGGGAAUUGGGGCAUGGGGAAUUGGGGCAUGGGGAAUUGGGGCAUGGGGAAUUGGGGCAUGGGGAAUUGGGGCAUGGGGAAUUGGGGCAUGGGGAAUUGGGGCAUGGGGAAUUGGGGCAUGGGGAAUUGGGGCAUGGGGAAUUGGGGCAUGGGGAAUUGGGGCAUGGGGAAUUGGGGCAUGGGGAAUUGGGGCAUGGGGAAUUGGGGCAUGGGGAAUUGGGGCAUGGGGAAUUGGGGCAUGGGGAAUUGGGGCAUGGGGAAUUGGGGCAUGGGGAAUUGGGGCAUGGGGAAUUGGGGCAUGGGGAAUUGGGGCAUGGGGAAUUGGGGCAUGGGGAAUUGGGGCAUGGGGAAUUGGGGCAUGGGGAAUUGGGGCAUGGGGAAUUGGGGCAUGGGGAAUUGGGGCAUGGGGAAUUGGGGCAUGGGGAAUUGGGGCAUGGGGAAUUGGGGCAUGGGGAAUUGGGGCAUGGGGAAUUGGGGCAUGGGGAAUUGGGGCAUGGGGAAUUGGGGCAUGGGGAAUUGGGGCAUGGGGAAUUGGGGCAUGGGGAAUUGGGGCAUGGGGAAUUGGGGCAUGGGGAAUUGGGGCAUGGGGAAUUGGGGCAUGGGGAAUUGGGGCAUGGGGAAUUGGGGCAUGGGGAAUUGGGGCAUGGGGAAUUGGGGCAUGGGGAAUUGGGGCAUGGGGAAUUGGGGCAUGGGGAAUUGGGGCAUGGGGAAUUGGGGCAUGGGGAAUUGGGGCAUGGGGAAUUGGGGCAUGGGGAAUUGGGGCAUGGGGAAUUGGGGCAUGGGGAAUUGGGGCAUGGGGAAUUGGGGCAUGGGGAAUUGGGGCAUGGGGAAUUGGGGCAUGGGGAAUUGGGGCAUGGGGAAUUGGGGCAUGGGGAAUUGGGGCAUGGGGAAUUGGGGCAUGGGGAAUUGGGGCAUGGGGAAUUGGGGCAUGGGGAAUUGGGGCAUGGGGAAUUGGGGCAUGGGGAAUUGGGGCAUGGGGAAUUGGGGCAUGGGGAAUUGGGGCAUGGGGAAUUGGGGCAUGGGGAAUUGGGGCAUGGGGAAUUGGGGCAUGGGGAAUUGGGGCAUGGGGAAUUGGGGCAUGGGGAAUUGGGGCAUGGGGAAUUGGGGCAUGGGGAAUUGGGGCAUGGGGAAUUGGGGCAUGGGGAAUUGGGGCAUGGGGAAUUGGGGCAUGGGGAAUUGGGGCAUGGGGAAUUGGGGCAUGGGGAAUUGGGGCAUGGGGAAUUGGGGCAUGGGGAAUUGGGGCAUGGGGAAUUGGGGCAUGGGGAAUUGGGGCAUGGGGAAUUGGGGCAUGGGGAAUUGGGGCAUGGGGAAUUGGGGCAUGGGGAAUUGGGGCAUGGGGAAUUGGGGCAUGGGGAAUUGGGGCAUGGGGAAUUGGGGCAUGGGGAAUUGGGGCAUGGGGAAUUGGGGCAUGGGGAAUUGGGGCAUGGGGAAUUGGGGCAUGGGGAAUUGGGGCAUGGGGAAUUGGGGCAUGGGGAAUUGGGGCAUGGGGAAUUGGGGCAUGGGGAAUUGGGGCAUGGGGAAUUGGGGCAUGGGGAAUUGGGGCAUGGGGAAUUGGGGCAUGGGGAAUUGGGGCAUGGGGAAUUGGGGCAUGGGGAAUUGGGGCAUGGGGAAUUGGGGCAUGGGGAAUUGGGGCAUGGGGAAUUGGGGCAUGGGGAAUUGGGGCAUGGGGAAUUGGGGCAUGGGGAAUUGGGGCAUGGGGAAUUGGGGCAUGGGGAAUUGGGGCAUGGGGAAUUGGGGCAUGGGGAAUUGGGGCAUGGGGAAUUGGGGCAUGGGGAAUUGGGGCAUGGGGAAUUGGGGCAUGGGGAAUUGGGGAAUGGGACCUGCGGGAAUCGGCACACUGCAAGGGGCAUGGGGAGUGGAAGGUAUAGACGAACCAUGAUACGAGCAGCAGUAGCAACAACCCACCUUCAUGGCGCCAUUGGUGACGACAGCAGAGAGGGAGAGCGCAGUGAGUGA